AUGAGGCUGACGAAGAUAUGGAAAUAUGCAUUUAUCAAUCUGCCAUUUGUCGUCGCCUUCAGUUUGUUCGUCUUCUUUACGACUGAAAAGGAUGGGCUGAGGGGAAAUUUAGCUGGUCGGGUUGAGGUCGUAAAGGUGCUUCCUGCAUCAACAGAGCCUUCUUUGAAUACUUUUGUUUGCAACGACGGUGUUUUUCUCGUAACCAUGGUGAUAUCACACUUCGGUCAUUUCCAUGAAAGGUAUCUAAUUCGUAAAACGUGGGGAGGUGUGAAACGCGUACAUGAUAUUGAUAUUCGAACUGUGUUUCUGCUCGGAAAAGAUCGAGAACAUCAUCCAGGAACAGUUAGGCACCGAAAUCAGCAGACCGUGUUAGAAAAAGUACGGAAAGAGAAUGCGCUACACGGUGACAUCAUCGUUCUUGACCUUGUUGAUCACUAUUUGAACUUGACUUUGAAAACUCUACAGGGUCUGAAUAUCAUUACAAACAAUUGCUCGUCAGCUGAAUAUGUUCUAAAAGUGGACGACGACGUUUUUAUCAAUUACGAUUUGUUAGUUAAACAUAUUUCCUACAGUGCCCGCGAAAAUUUUGUGAUCGGAUAUUUGCAUGAGAACGCCCGACCCAUACGGUCGGCACAGUCGCCGGAAUACGCAAAGUGGUUCACUCCAAUAACUACUUAUAACCGGACUUAUUAUCCGCCAUAUUUGAUCGGCCCUGCUUAUGUCAUGUCACAUGAUGUUGCCAAGGCGAUAGUUCAAAUAUCUCCGCAGGUGCCCUUCCUUCCCUGGGAGGACGUUUUUAUCACAGGCUUGUGUCUGGAAAAAUUGAAAAUGACGCCAAAAAUGGACAAGCGUUUCGACACCAAUGGUGAACAGUUCAAGCAGAAUGUCUCAUGUCCAAUCAACAGAUUGUUUGCAAUUCACAACCACGGCAGUCUGUCUCAGGUUUGGACCUUGUUUCGAAAUGAAAACAGAGAUACACAUUGUAAGGACCGAACACUAGCCUUCGAGCAAGCAGGAAAUUCAGAGUGA